AGCUACAACAAGAACCCAAAAACACAAACAUGGAAAACCAGAGAAGUCUUGAAAAUAUUAUCUCAGCUAGGAGUUUGAUAAAUUUGAUUCCCAUCCAAAUGACCCUAAAAGCUGCAAUUGAGCUAAAUGUCUUCAGCAUCAUAGCCAAGUCAGGGCCUGCAUCUCAUCUCACAGCAAAAGAAAUUGCCUCACAAAUUCCAACUUCAAAUCCAAAUGCAGCUGGGAAUUUGGAGAGAAUUCUGAGACUGCUGGUUGCCCAUUCCCUCCUAUCCACAACCCUAAAACCAUGCCCAAAUGAUGAGACAUUGCAAGAAAGGGCUUAUGGCCUCACAAAUGAGACACUCUGCUUGGUUCCAGAUGAAAAUGGAGUUUCAUUGGCCGCAUUUAUAAUUUUGAACUCUGAACUUGAGAUUGUGAAGACCUUGUAUAUGCUCAAGGACACAGUGCUUGAACCAGACUGCUUGCCCUUCUGCAAGGCCCAUGGAAUUACCAUUUAUGAGUACAUGUCCAAGAAACCUGAGAUGAGCCAAUUGUUUAACAAGUCUAUGGCUGAAAUUUCUAACCUAAAUUUUAGUGAGGUGUUAAAGGUUUACAAAGGGUUUGAGGAGGUGAAGGAGUUGAUGGAUGUAGGGGGUGGCAUUGGAACUUCAAUGUCAGAAGUAGUUUCCGUGUAUCCCCACAUCCAUGGAAUUAACUUUGAUUUGCCCAAUGUUGUUGCCCAAGCUCCUACGUACCAAGGUUAUGUGAAUCAUGUUGGUGGAAAUAUGUUUGAGACUAUACCAGAUGCACAAUCGAUUAUGUUGAAGUGGGUGCUCCAUAACUGGGGAGAUGAUCAAUGCAAGAAAGUAUUGAGAAAUUGUUGGGAGGCAUUGCCAAAAAGUGGGAAGGUGAUAGUUGUGGAAUUUGCAAUACCUGAAGAAUUUGAGAAGACAAAAGCGGUGUUGAACAUAGUAACCUUGGACAUCACAAUGAUGGCAUGUCCUGGCGGUAAGGAACGAACAACAACUGAGUUUGCUAACUUAGCAAAACAUGUAGGUUUUGUCGAAACUAAAUUUUUUCCAAUAUCAUAUGGGAUUUAUGUUUUGGAGUUUCUCAAGAUAGAAGAAGUAUGAGAUUAGUAGUA